CAGCAAGCAUCCUUCGCCGAGGUCUGAUGAUCGCCCCUCGAGCUCGCCGGGUUGAACCAGUAAUAGUCGACGAUCAUCUGCGACGAAUCGUCCAGGCAGUUUCGCCAUCCGCGAACCGAAAUUUGUUCGACUGACUUGCCGUCGACUUUGGCCAGAAUUUCCACCCUGGCUUAUCCCGAUCCUCGGAUAGAUCAAAGUUAGACCCUGGGAGAUAAACAAGUGCGUGAGGAGAAGAAAAGAACAACCCCGCAUCGCGGCGAACAGUGCUUUUCAAAAAGUGAACAAAAGCUUCUGGACUUUUUGUGAUCCGAAGAUACUGUCGAAGAGAAAAGCUGCGUGGCAGGAUCACCGUCAUUUUGUACAAACAGAAGAUCCUGGGACGAAGAUGACUAGACGCGUGAAGAUCUGCCUAUUUGAACCACUCGGCGUCAUUUGCUUGCUAGCGACACUGUCAUCGCUUCAAGUACAGGCAACAAAUGCGAUACAGGAUAACCCCGAGGUGGACGCGAGACUCGAAGAACCCGUCGCGGAAGACGUGACUGAAGAUUACUGGGCAGGAAGUGGUUCGGGUCCUGAACUCGACGACGAUGACUCCAACUUUAACGAGACGCGAGAAGCUCUGGUACAUGAUGCGAGCGAUCACGACGCGGUGGUCUACGUGGGAGAGAACGGCGGCUACGUCCCGCUACCGUCGGUGAGGUCGAGGCCAACCGCUCCGACCCUUCAGGCGCUCCAAACCCUCCAAGGUCUCCAGGGUCUGGCGGGCGGUGGGGGAGGCGGAGGAACGGGACUCCUGGGGGACGAGGACUGGAAGCGUCACCCGGAGACCUGGGACCGCGAGCACCGUCGCUACCGUCCGAACACGACGCGCGUUCAGCACAUCGAGGCGGAGUGCCAGGACGACUACAUGAAGAUCCGGAUAGGUUUCAACGGUUCUUUCGCCGGUCUGCUCUACUCGGCAGGCUACUCCUACGACCCAGAUUGCAUGUACGUAAACGGGACCGGCAGAGAUUACUACGAAUUUUUCAUUCAGCUAAACCGAUGUGGCACUCUUGGCGAAAACACUCAUCAUCAAGACAGCCGCAAGAAUCCUACGAAAAACUUGAUGUGGAACACUGUGACGGUCCAGUACAAUCCUCUGAUCGAAGAAGAGUUCGACGAGCAUUUCAAAGUGACCUGCGAGUACGGUUACGACUUUUGGAAAACGGUGACGUUCCCGUUCCUCGACGUCGAGGUGGCGACCGGGAAUCCCGUAGUCUUCACGUUGCAGCCGCCCGAGUGUUACAUGGAGAUCAGGUACGGUUACGGAACGACAGGAACCCGAGUAGCUGGGCCGGUUCGAGUGGGGGAUCCACUGACGCUGAUAAUCUACAUGAGGAGUAAAUACGACGGCUUCGACAUCGUCGUGAACGACUGCUACGCCCACAACGGAGGUAACAAAAGGAUCCAGCUGAUCGACCAGUACGGAUGUCCUGUGGACGACAAGCUGAUCAGCAGAUUCCGAGGCUCGUGGUCGGAGAGCGCUCUCUUCGAGACGCAGGUCUUCGCCUACAUGAAGACCUUCAGGUUCACCGGAUCUCCGGCGCUCUACAUAGAGUGCGACGUCAGGAUGUGCCACGGGAGAUGUCCGAGCCAGCCGUGCCACUGGCGGAACUCGAAGACCGUCUCUAAGCGUUCCGCGGACGCGAUAGAGGGCCCAUCGACACCGGCAACGAGUCUUUCGGAGAACGUGAACCUCUUCCAGUCCCUCAGAGUCCUCCAGGAAGGAGAGCCGGACGCGGAUACAGCCGCCUUCAAGAACUCCACGGUUGACAUAAGCGCCUCGGAGGCGACACCCGGUGAUCGAGUCUGUCUGAGAUCGACGAUGGUCAGCACUGUUGUGGGACUGGUCUGCGGCCUGUUGUGCAUGAUGGCAGGUACCCUGCUGGCCAUGUGCUCCAGGAUGAGACGAGCUGCCCGCGAAAAGCUGUUGUCCGACAGUAUAAGCUACAUGACGCACAAGGGCCGGAUCAACUGAAGGGUCAAGGGUCGUUAAUCGCCGAUCUUUAUACAGCGUGAACAGAUUAUACAUGAAUGUGUGUGAGUUUGAGUGCGAGGAUCUCGGGAAUCUGAUUACAGUAAAUAUCUGGUCGUUUUACGACGGACGUGGCGGUUUAUAAGUGUCAGUAUUGUAUAAAAGCGCGCAGGAUUCGGUUUCGAGGCCCGGAUAAGGGAGACGAAUUUACCGACUGGAGGUAACAAACGAUCGUGAGACUGCGAUGCGAUCGAGAUUUGUUCGUUUCAACGCGGCGAUUUUCGAACUUCCAAUUGGUCAAAUCUAGUUUCAAUUACAAGAAACUGAAACCGUCGUAGCUGCUUCAGUAAACGUACGAUUCGCUGAAUGAGAUUCAUCCGAGCGGAUGAUCAACGUCAUAUUGUCGACUUGUUCGUUUCUCCCCCAUGUCAUUCAUCUUUUCUUAAUUCUGCUUAUUAUUCGACAUAUUCAGAAACGUGAUUUUUUCUGAAGCCACUCCCUGCGUGAGCUGCAAUUACGCGUGUUUCUGAAUGUCUCGCAACAAUGAUUACUAUACAAUAAAUAUAUAUAUAUAUAAUAUAUAUAUAUAUCAAGCAAUACUUGUUCAUGCAAUAGAUGAUAUCAUUUAUAUCAUAUUAUAUAUUUUAUAUGAAAAAUACGAUCAGUGUUGCUUUUUAAGCACAAUUAUAGAGUUUCUUGCAUUAUUAAUAACGAUGAGUUUAGCUUUAUCUAAAAAAUGCUCGAGUACGGCUAGCGAGGAUUGAGUAAUAUUUCAGCCAUUCUUAACCCAGCACUUGAGCAUCGAUGAUUGAUUUAAUUAGAUAAUUGCUGCAGUUUUAUAAACGUUUCGUUCUAAGUUAUCUUUACUCGAAUAACAUACAGAUAUACCAUGUAGGUACGUAUAUUAAUAUUUAUACACGAUAUAGUGGUGUAGUCUUUAGUAGACGCAACUAUUUAUUUUUUGCCUUGCCUCUCUUCCGCCAACGCAUACAAGGUGCGCGAUCAUUAUUAAAUAUUAGUUUCCCCUCCUAGUCGUGCCGGCUAAAUAAAUACAUAAAAUAUACUAUAUAUUGAUAUUACAUAAGUACCGUUAAGUACUAUAUCCGCUAAUUAAUUCAUAUGAUAUUUGUGCAAUAAGAAUAUAUAACGAUGAUGCAUUGAUAUUAUUGACUCCCCAUGUAAAUAUAGUAAUAUACACAACCAUAAACAAAUAAAUAAUUCUAACGCUAGCCUUGUAAGAUUUA